AUGAAAGUUCGCCGCGGGAGGGUGACGGGGAAAACGCUGCUCAACCCCAAGAAAGACAGCAAAUGGGAGCGGGGUCGGACGCGCCAAGUGCUGCACUUCGGGGCACACGUCAGAGGUGGCAAAGCGGUCGGUGCCGAGGUGGAAGAGAUUCCUCCCUGCCUUCGUGAAGUCCUUCGGAUGGUCGAAGCCCGAGGCUUGCUUGAGUGUUCCAGUCAGCAAGGUGACCAAGGUGCAGGAGCGGGGCACGGGAAGCGAGUUACAGCCGCCACGGUGGACUUUUUCCGCAAAGGGAGCUACUCCCCAGCACUAGCGGCGACGGCUUCGGUGUUCGUUCCUCCAUCUUCAACUCCGCCCAAAUCCGCUCAAGCAGCCGGCACCACGGGGGACAAAAGCUGCCGCGACUCGGCUCUUGGAGAAAGCGGUUCGGACACCGAGGCGGUGGUUUGCAUGAUAUGGCUGCAGGCCGGGGGAGAAGUGGUGGUCGGGAGCGCACACCAGCUGGCCAACUGUAGCAAGGGCCCCCAAGAGAAACGCGCCAAAGACACACAAAUACCUCCGAACGAGAUGACCCGAGAGAAGAAGGAAGGGGCACGCGCAGAAGGGAAAGGAGAAAGGGGGGAAGGGUUAUUCCCGGGGAUGGAGAGGGUGUUGGCACCCCAGGGUUCUGUGAUGAUGUGGAACAGUGCUCGGGCUCAAGGUCUCCAAGUAGCUGUUCCGAGCGCUUCUCGGGAUGCCAUCCUCGUGUCGUUCCAGACACUGACACCAGAGGCCAGCUCGCGUGUUAUCGCGAACCGCCGCGAACGGAAAGAAGCAAAGACAAAGGCAAAGAUGUUUCGAAAAGCUGCCAAAGAGGCAAAGGAAGCCAAGGAGGCUAAGGGGCCAAUACCUGGCACCCCAAUCGUGGUUGCAGACUGGGAAGAGCGGGGGAAUGAAGACGGCGACCGGGGGAUGAGGUGGAGGCCAGAAAAAGACGACAUGAACAGCAGUUGCAGUGCUGAUGCUGAGCGGGGUGGCGAGGACGACGGGAGAACGCCUUCUAUCGAGAAAGAGCACGUCCAGGCCGUGUACGACACCAUCGCACCACACUGGAGCCACACUCGCUACAAGCCGUGGCCAAGAGUGGAAAAGUUUUUGAGCGAGCUGGAACCGUGCUCCUUCGUGGCGGACGCCGGCUGCGGCAACGGCAAGUACCUUGGCUGCGACGCGGCCGGUGGGUUUCUGGUCGGCAGCGACACCAGCGUGAAUCUCUUGCACGUAUGCAAAGAACGCCUACCUAAGGCGGAAGUCUUGGCUAGCGACUGCAUGCGGCUGCCGUACCGAUCGGGGGUGUUCGACGCGGCCAUCAGCAUCGCCGUCUUGCACCAUUUCUCCUCAGAAGUGCACGGAAGUGUGCUGUUUGCCCUUUCAAUUGUUGGAGAAGAAUGUUCAAAUAUUUCCGUGCCCCAUCACGCUACGAAGGUGCGACGGCUGAGGGCCUUGACGGAGCUUUGCCGGCUGGUCAGGCCGGGAGGGAGGUUGCUGGUGUACGCGUGGGCCAUCGAGCAGGAGCAAGACUCGAGGAGGAGCUUUGCCGCCCAGGACGUCCUCGUCCCAUGGCACCUUGCCGACCACCACAACCGAAGCCAGGGUCGCGGCACGGACGACGAUGGCAGCAGCGGUAACACUAUGAAGGGCGGCCAAGAAUCCGAAGAGCCGGCGACUGCCAACGUCGAACGAAGUGGGGCGUCUGCGCUAGCUAAGGGCACCGAAGAUGGAGCGGUGGCGGCGGGGGACAGCAAGAGCCAUGCUGGGGGUGUCGUUGCGCCUACCCCGACUGCCCCGCGGCACGGUGUUCGUGUUGACGGGGUGGCGGGCACGGCUGGUAGCGUGGUCUACCAAAGGUACUGCCACGUAUACGCAGAGGGGGAGCUAGAAGGACUGGUGGAGAGAGUGGAUGGUUUGCGGCUAGUUGAGAACUACUACGAUCGGUCAAAUUGGUGUGUCGUGGCCGAGAGAGAGAUGUAG